AUGAAGGAUGGGGAAUCUGUCACCAACUAUUGUGCCAAGACAAUGGAGAUCAGCAACAAAAUGCAAUUUCAUGGUGAGAAGAUGGGCGAUGUCACCAUUGUGGAGAAGAUAUUGCGUUCCCUGACACCAACAUUUGAUUAUGUUGUGUGUUCAAUUGAAGAAUCGAAAGACAUAGAUGCAUUCUCUCUCGAUGAACUGCAGAGCUCCUUGCUGGUCCAUGAACAAAAGAUGAACCGAAGUUCAACUUCAAAGGAGCAAGCUUUGAAGGCUUCUACCUCUACGCAUUUCUCAAACUCUAAAGGAAGGGGAGAUCGAGGCAAUAGAAAUAGCAGCAGGUUGCCUAAUGAAAAAGAAAAGGAAGAGCAAUCGAAUUUUGCCGAAAAUAAGGAAGUGGAAACUUUGUUGAUGGCUGUUCAAGCUAAUUGGGAACCUGAAUCUGAUGUUUGGUAUGUGGAUAUGGGCUGCAGUGACCACAUGUGUGGAAGUGAUAUUGAGAUCAGAACUAAGAAUGGUUUUGUAGAAACAAUUUCUAAUGUCCUUUACGUUCCUGACUUGAGAAGCAAUUUGUUAAGUGCUGGUCAAUUGCAAGAAAAGGGAUAUGUAAUCACUAUUCAAAAGGGUGUUUGUGAGAUUUAUGAUCCUACUAGAGGAGCUAUUGCUAUUGUGCAAAUGAGUUCAAACAGGUUGUUUCCAUUGAAGAUUGAAAGUGUGCAAUCUUGUUUGGUAGCUGAAGUAAAAGAUCCUUCUUGGUUGUGGCAUUUUCGUUAUGGCCACUUGAGUUUUGGUGGAUUGAAGACCCUCCAAUAG